AUGGAGGUCCUGAAAGAGAACAAGGAAGAGGAGCAGAGAGAGGAAAAAGAGCUGAAAGCUCUGGAGGUCGUUGAGGAAAGACACGACGGGGAGAGGACACUGUCUGCAGAUCAAGCCUGUGCCCCAAAUGAUGUACCUGAAUUUGACUGGAGCUCUGUUGACACAUCCCAGUUGCCAUCUUCCUAUAAGACAAAUUCCCCAAAGGAAAAGAGGCUGCUACGGAUUGCUGACAACUUCCUUCAGCAGUACGCCCAUCUGUGCCCUGACCGCGAACCGCUUCUCCUUCACCCGGUCAAUGAGUGUGGCAUAGAGAAGUUUGUGAGCACAACGGUGAGACCAACCCUGCUGCCUUAUACUGAGCUGUACCACUGGGAAGGCUGUGCCAGCUUCGUCUCUGAUUACCUUACCAUGGAGCCCCUCAAGUCCCCUAUCGCACCACCCAGUUCACUCUAUUCCCCAACCACCAUCCUGAAGUACCAGCGAGGGAACUGCUUUGACUUCAGUGUGCUGCUGUGCUCCAUGCUGAUCGGAGCUGGAUAUGAUGCCUACUGUGUGAAUGGAUAUGCCACCCACAAUAUAUGCACCAUGGAUGAGACCCUGGAGGUGUGCCCACUGCUUAGGAAGCCACCGGAGGUUCCAAAAGAGGGAGAGAAGAAGUCCAGCAAGUACAGAGUUAAGCCUCCCCCAGACCUGCAGAGCAAGUUUGAGCUUCAGCAGAAGGCUAAGAAGGAGGCAGAAACUGCAGCUGCCAGAGAGAAAGUGGAAAGGAAAGAAGAGGCGAAAGCCAUGGAAAUGGAAAAACCCAAGCGUGACCCUUUGUAUGGCUUAAGGGUGCAUGCGUGGGUCUUGGUUCUGUCGGGGAAGAGGGAGGUUCCAGAGACCUUCUUCAUCAACCCCUUCACGGGAAACAGCCACAGCCCCAUGGAUGAGCAAUUCCUUGGUAUUGAGAGUGUCUGGAACCACAGGAACUACUGGGUGAACAUGCAGGACUGCUCGAACGGCUGCAAGGAUCUCAUCUUUGACUUGGGCGAUUCUAUCCGCUGGGAAUUCAUGCUGUUAGGAACCGACAAGCCUCAUCUGCUGCUCCCAGAUGUUGAGGAAGAAGAAGAGUUGCUUGACAGGGAUAUGGACAAUGCGGUAAGUGAUCCAGACCACAGAGAGGAAGACAGGAGGUUUGACAUGCCACCAUCCUGGGUGGCCCCCAUUCAGAUAUCUCCCAAAGAAUUUGAGACCCGCAGUCCCCAGGGGAGGAAGGUGAUCCUGUACAAGGAAGCAAAACUGGAGAAAUGGGCACCGUACCUGAACAGAAACGGGCUGGUCCAGCGCCUCACUGUCUACGCAGACCCGUGCUAUUCCAAAGUAGUGGAGGUGAGGGAGUGGUUCAAAAACCGGGAAGACAAGCUGGAGAGGAGAGAAGUGAACAGACAAACACAGCUGACCACGGAGCACUUCCGCCCAGGACACCUCCUAGGUCUUAAAGCGCACAUCUACACGUCCAUGGAGCCGGAGACUGAGCGAACGAUGGAGUUUUACAACGAGGCGCGAGUUGACGGCCUCCAGAAACACGUUGAAAAUGCCCAUGAGAUGACUGACUACUUCGAAGGGCGGGACGACUUCCUGUACUUGCGGCACGUGGAGUUUGGCAAAAGAGUAAAGAAAAUACAGAUAGCCGGCACCAGAACUGACAUCAGCUCUCGGCCUAUAGUGCAAAUCCAGGAGUGUUUCCACAGAAACCCAGAAAAGCCUGCUGAUGAAGACGUGGCAGAACGCGUUUUUCUGAUCGCAGAGGAGAGAAUCAAUCUGACGUAUCACCUCAAGGAUAAGUACAUCACUGCCUCAAAGAAGAACUUCCAUAAAGGGGCAGAGAGGGAUAGGAAAGGAAACGAAAUCAUCAUGACCCCAGAAAUGUGCAUCACAUACCAGGCAGGGUGCUCUGAGACGGACACAAAGCUGCUCCAUCUGUACAAGCUGCUGCGGAAGCUAAUGGAGGAAGAGAAGCAGCUGAAGCACGAAAUCUGGGAAUCUGCAACCGAGGUGCUAGAAAUUUUAAAGAUCCGUGAGGAUGAAGAAGCAGACAUCAAACUGACAGUUUCAAUUUAUGAUACGGAGCAGAAUGAAAAGAGAAGACAAGAGUAUGAAGCUAUGGACAAUUUAAUGGAGGACGACCUCUUGGGACAAGAGGAGCAGGAGCUGGAUUACCUGGCACCUUUUCUACUUCAAGUUGGCAACGUGGAGAAAAUGAGCAAGUGGCAGGCCCUGCGCAUCAAAGAAGACUGCUUGACUGAUUUUAAGCAACGUCUCACUCAUAAGGCCAACAUCAUCCACGCUCACUUGCAGAAGGAGGUGGAGGAGCUGCAGAAGAAGGAUCGGUGGUAUCAGGAAAACCAGAAUCAGCUCAGCAUGGAGGACGAAACCGACUUCCUGGCCUACUGCUCUGAAACCAUGUUCCGUAUCCGGGUCCUGGCAUUAAGGCUCAAGAGGGAAAAACUGAUGGCACCACAGAAAUACCUUGCUCUCGAGGAGAAACUGCACAAGGAUCCUCGCCUCAGCGGGCACCUCAGCCAUCCCUGA